GCCUUCGUCCCGGUACAUAGCCAGGAGGAACUCAGACACGAUCUACAGCUCACGACUAUCACAAGCACCACCUCCAUGUCCUCAGACUACCAGCAAGCCCGCCGCGCGGGGCCCUCCCCUAUUGGCGACCCAAUAAGUUUCACAGCCGGCCAGUAUGCCGGCCGAACCCUGCGCGCGGAAUUGGAGGAGUUGCAGAAAGCGGAUUUAGGUCGCAAGUACGCACGGAAGGACCGACGGCCCCUUGAUCCGCCGCCCGUCGUGCAAUUUCGGCUCUUUGACGUGUUCAAUGUGGGCACUUCACGGCAAACGGAGCGCGAGAUUGACGACUACGAUGAGAUCAAAAACUUUGGUGCGCUUUGUCAUGUAGACCUGUUCCCUAUUCCGGGAGACGACGAGGAUGAAGAGGACGAGACAGAGGAGAGCACGGCACAUCACGAACUACCACCCAGCUCGUUUGCUGAGUCAGCCCAUGCAUCAAUGUCGGUUGCUUCGGGGUCAAAACUUUAUAUCCACGGACCAGAUCCAUAUCAAUCAGGCUACUCGUUAGUGAACGCAUACGCAGUGCCGCCACUAUUACCAUCUUCAAUGUCGCACGCGCACUAUACCAUGCCAACGUCACUACCCCCGCCGAGCGGGAUACCUACCGCCACACUGUACCCGAUCGCGAUGCUCCCAACGUCGUCCUUAGCACACACAUAUUCAGUCCCUGCGCCUUCGCUGCCACCAUUGCCGCUGCAGAUACCCGGAUCGUCGGGGAGUAACCAGUAUGCACCGACGCGGCAUCACCAGCCAUACCCGCAAUACCAAGAAUACCGACCACCUGCACCACCGGACCCGGAUAUCAUUGCGUAUAUGGGCGAUUUUGCUAUACGAGAAAGCUCAAAGUGCACGACCGCGCUCGUGGGCGCGACGUUUGUCCAGUCGGCGGUAGUGGAGUUCAAGGGGAAGAAGGCGCUGAUGUUCGUGUUCUCUGACCUUGCGGUGAAGAACGAGGGGACGUUUCUCCUGCGGUAUCGGGUCUUCAACAUAUACUCCAAGGCAUGCGGGCCAACCGAGAUACCGAUUUUGGCUGAAUGCUACGGCGGGCCGUUCAAAAUAUACUCGACGAAGGAAUUCCCAGGGCUACGCGCUUCGACUGAUCUAACGAAGCACAUAUCGUUCUUCGGUGUCCGACUGAAUCUCCGCGAGAACGAGCGCAGGAGGCGGAAGAAGAGCGAGAUCGAAGCCGACAGGCGGAGGGAGGCCGAGCUGGCGGCGGCGACGGCUGGAGCUGAGGAGGUCUUUGGUGGCUCGCUGACCAUGUCUGCGUCGCCCGUGUCGACGGCGGCCGCUGCGAUUUACCACGCCGCCAGUGUCAGCCCGAGUACGAGCAAGGGAAAGCGCAAGCAGAGAGCCGGAGAUGAGGGGAGCGAUGGAGGUGGCCUGUUAUAGUUGGGCGAACCGCGGGUAUAGGUAGACUAUCGGAUACCUUCUUUACUUCGUUAGUCCGUUGCAUGCAGUCCGGGUAUGUCGAGUCCGAGUUUUGCGGUGACCGGGCCGUUGAUGUGUGUUUUGCGCUGUCAUACUGAUGAUGUCGGAGUGCAUGCCGUUUCUCGUGUGUAGGUUAAACUAUAUGAUAGCCACGGCCUGGAUGCAGACUGAUGCGGCUGGGCUUUGUGAGGGAUGCGGGGAUAUCUCGGUAAAGUCUACGGAGAUGGUUUAUGUUGAGACGGAUGAGGAUGUGGAGGAGACAGGGGUGAGCAGGGGGGUGGUCGUGGGGAACGUGUCGUAUAUAUUGGUGACGGCAUGCCAUCUGGGC